GUAAAAAAACAGAGGACAUGGGUCGAAAGGUGGAGGACACGGGUAAAAAAACAGAGGACAUGGGUCGAAAGGUGGAGGACAUGGGUAAAAAAACAGAGGACAUGGGUAAAAAAACAGAGGACAUGGGCCAACAGCUGAAGAGUACAAAUGAAAACCUCGAAAAUGUCAAACAAGAAGUAGCCACUUUGAAAGAAAAAAUUGAGCCCAGUGCCCCACCAAUAACAGCAGUAGCAGUUACUGAGUCCAAUCCUACUGAAGCUUCACCUUAUAGCAUUGCUACACUAUCAAAACCAUUGAGCUACACUAAUGUGGAACCAUACUUUGAUCGACCAGCUAAAGAAACAGGUGUGUCAGAGGAGGCUGAAUUAGUGAUGAUUAAUGCCAAAGAUGAAAAAAAAUGAUGAAAUGAAGAACUACAUGUGUGUAUUUUUGUGUGCUACAAGUUUACAACUAAACUACUAGUGUUUGCUUAUUCAUUUUAAUUUGAUUAAUUUAAUU